ACAACAGCGCGUUGAUCCAGCAUGGGAGGUCUGCUAGUUUGCGAUUCACACACGCAGGUUAGCCUGCUAGCGCUGGCUAGUUAGCAUAGCUCCGGUUCCGUCCGUAGAUUUAUUCACAUUUAUAUAGUAUACACGUUGUUUGGUUAGUGAAUGUAAAAGACGUGCUAGCUGUAGCUUGCAUCGGUUUUACCUAAGUGGGUGGUUCCACACUUUUGAUUUGCCUCUGCACAGCAUUACUGCAUGUUGAUUACAAGAUCAUGAAGAACAAAAACACCCAGGUAAAAGGCAAAUCUCAAAAAUGGAAAGACGUGAGGAGCAAACGGUGCAUAUCUUCCAUCAAGUCCUCAGAUCUGAACUCGAGUCCUGUCGCGGUCAAGAUAAUAAAGGAGGUGUCUGUGAAGAAAAAAACUGUAAAGAGGCUAAAAAAAAAACCAAAAGCUGUCGCUGAAAACAAGAAAAACUCCCCCGCAUCAGGAUAUAAGAAGUCUGCCUUUCAAGCCAAUGGGUGCUCAACGUUUGCCUUGGAUGAUGAGAAAGAAGACUUUCAGGACUGGAGGGAGGGUUCUGACUCAGUUCACGCUAAUGGUGUAGAGACGUCAGACGACACAGAAGUCCAGGGGGGUAGACUGGAGGGGGAGGCUCUUCAUCACUGUGCACAAAGAGGCAACCAAGAGAACCGUGCAGUGUUGGUCAUGCAGAAAAAUGAGACGCUGUGCUUCCGCGGCAAGUGCACUGUGACCUGUUUAUACGGCCGUGUUGAAGUGAUGGGAUUUACCAUCGACGAGGGGCAGAAGCCGUAUCCCCUCUUUUCCCCAGCUUCACACUGCCCUCUCACCAUCAGAGCGCUGGGGAACUCCGAGUACGUCAGAGACAACAGAACCGAGGCGUCCAACAUCCUUCAAGAAUAUCUCUCCCAAGCAUCGCGAAAGAAGUUGGUAAAAAAGGUGACGUCGUCGUCGUCCAUCAUCCUGCUGGAUCCUUUGGAGACAACUCUGACGCGCUUCCUGUCGAGCUUUACACACCUCAGCGAACUCUUCAGCCCCCCCGUGAGUGAACUCAUGUCGGCCGUUCCUGACACGCCACUGAACAGCCUGGGGAUGAUUCCCCUAGCCAGCGCCGUCGAGGGAAUGAAAACGUCCAGGAGCUGCAGCGAUGCUCUCGGCGCUGUCGUCAACGCGUGCAGGGGAGACUUGGACGGUUGUGGCGUUAUUCUGGUGUGCGGGACCAAGAAUGUGGGCAAAUCAACAUUUAUUCGGAUCCUCAUCAAUACGUUACUGAAUCAUACUUCCAGUGUGGAUUAUUUGGAAGGAGAUCUCGGUCAAACUGAAUUCACCCCCGCUGGUUGCCUGUCUUUGUCAACCGUCAAAGAACCUCUUCUGGGUCCUCCGUUUACACACCAACUCACCCCGGACCACAUGAUCUACUACGGUCAGCCGUCGUGCGAGACAGACCUGGACCGUUACCUGGAGUCGCUGAAGUCCUUGUGGCGCAGGCGUCCGCAGUGCAGAGAAACGCCUGUCGUCAUCAACACCAUGGGCUGGGUCAAAGGGUUUGGAUUCCAGCUGCUGGUGGACCUAAUCCGCUUCCUCCCGGUCACCCACGUUGUCCAGCUGAGCCACGGAGGCGGCACCCAGUUUCCCUCCCUCACGCCGGAGUUCCUGAGGACGGCGCGAGGCUACCAGACGCACCCGCCCGCUCAGACCGCGCUGAGCGAGUUGGCGGAGAUCCACGGCCCCCCCAGAACGUACACCCACCUCAGCGUCCAGUCGGAGUUCCAAGGCGUGGCGCGCCAAGGGACGGCAACGCACCAGCGUUCGAAUGAGCACCGAGAGUUGUCUUUGCUGGGAUACCUGAGUCAGCUGCAGUCUCCCGACCCUGGCCCAGUCAGGCCCCUACACACCCUCACCCCGUACCAGGUACCCAACACAGCAGUGGCUCUGGGUGUUAUCCACUGUGAGGUGGCGCCUUCUCACAUGUUAUAUGCUGCCAAUGCCAGUCUGGUGGGACUCUGCUGCUUGCCAGAAAAAGUAACGAGCAAGGGAGGCCCUGUUGUCCUGUCCCAGACAGCCCUGUGUCCGUGUGUAGGGUUUGGUGUGCUUCGAGGUAUUGACAUGGCACGAGGUCUGUACUUCCUGCUGACUCCAGUCGAUCCCUCCAUCCUCAGAAAGGUCAACUGCCUCCUGUUGGGGGCGAUUUCUUUGCCUUCGUGCAUCCUAACCACACAGCCUGGCUUCGAAGACGAGAUGCCGUAUGUCACCGCCGACUACAGCUUCGAUCUCACCGGCGCAGGAAAGAUACGCGUCUUCAAGGGACUGAUGAGGCCCAGUCAGAUGGGAGUGCAGUGACCUGACUGUCAGUUUCUUUUCGCCUUUUUUUACGUUAUGUGGCUGGUCUUUCGUCAGACUUGUCAUCGCUAAGCUGUGAAUGUGCAGAACUGAAGCUGAGUUUGCAGCCCGACGUUGACUCUGCCGUAGGGGUUCACUGCACUCUUCCGGGCGAACAUCCUUUUUGGCAUGGUCCGGUGCUUUGGAUAGCGGACCUCCAGUUAUCUACGGUGCCACUGUUUGUUCUGGAAAGGAGUCAGAAGCUGCUGCGUAUCACAGGGACGUCGAUGUAUAACAUCAUACCUUCGUUUAGCUUUUUUUUUUUUUUUUUUCACAUU